GCCGUGCCGGCGCGGACUCGUCGGGGCGGCCGGGCGGAGCGGCCAUGGCGCGGGCCGGCCCCGCGGAGGUGAUCCGCUCGGCGCAGAAGGACGAGCACUACCGCGGCGGCCUGCGGGGCGCGGCCGGCGGCGCCGUGCACAGCCUGGCGGGUGCAAAGAAGUGGUUGGAGUGGAGGAAGGAGCUCGAGCUGCUUUCCGACGUAGCCUACUUUGGCCUCACCACAGUUGCAGGCUACCAGACCCUCGGGGAGGAGUACGUCGGCCUCAUCCAGGUGGAUCCGUCCCAGCGGCGCGUGCCUUCCAGGCUCCGCCGGGGCGUGCUGGUGGUGUUGCACGCAGUACUGCCCUACCUACUGGACAAGGCACUGCUGCCCUUGGAGCAGGAACUGCAGGCAGAUGGAGACAGUGCACGGCCCUUGCAGGGCAGCCUGGUACCCACGGGGCGCAACCGGUCAGGAGCGCGGCGCUGGGUGCAUCGCCGCGCAGCCGCCCUGACUGAACCACAGAGGAAGACGCUCCAGCGCGCAGUCUUCGUCCUCAGACAAGGCCUGGCCUACCUACAUAGGCUCCAUGUUGCCUGGUUUUACAUCCAUGGUGCUUUCUACCACCUAGCCAAAAGGCUCGUGGGUGUCACUUACCUCCGCACCCGCCGCCUGCCUGGCGAAGACCUGAGGGCCCAAGCGGGCUACAGGCUGCUAGGGCUCGUCUCCCUGGUGCACCUGGCCCUCUCGGUGGGACUGCAGCUGUAUGGCUUCAGACAGAGGCAGCGAGCCAGGAAGGAGUGGAGGCUGCACCGCAACCUGCCCCACCGCAGAGGUUCCCUGGAGGAGCGAGCCGUUUCCAGAGCCCCGCUCUGCACCCUGUGCCUGGAGGAGCGCAGGCAUUCGACAGCCACACCCUGCGGCCACCUCUUCUGCUGGGAGUGCAUCACUGAGUGGUGCAACACCAAGACAGAGUGUCCCCUCUGCAGGGAGAAGUUCCCUCCCCAGAAGCUGGUCUACCUGCGGCACUACCGCUGACAGCCCCAGCCCCAGAUGGGGUGGCGCCGGAGACCUGGAGCACAUUGUCUUCGGGGUUAACUGUACUUGCAUAGAAAUGGUGAAAUCCUCACAACUUUGGUUUCUGUCACAUAACUACCCCAGCCAAAUGGGUAGAUGACAAGCAGUUGAGCUUGCCAGAAGUCCACUUGGGGGGCCCCACACCCAGGCCCCUGCUGGGCCAUACACUUUUGUCCAGUCUUAGUUAGACCAUCUCAGGCCCCCUCCUCCUCUCCUUAAGCCACACAGUUGAGAACUAAUGAGAAGUUGGCCAGAAAGAAUUUUAUUCAUGUCUGCACAGGGUUCCUCGGUGAGGUCACACAGAGGGGCUGAGCGCUGGCACCGGAGCGGCACAGUGUGGGUCAGAAGGCCCUAUGGCCCCAUGUUGGA